AACUCGGCCUCUGCUGAAAUCGUCGUUACCGCGAUGGCACGUUUCAUGUUCAUCGUAGCUAUUGCCUUUCUGGCCGGGACGAGCGUCCACGCCCAUACAAACAGGCCAAACAUGGUGUUCUUUCUCACCGACGAUCUCGACUUGGAGCUCGGCAGCAUGAUGAAACCCCUUGUGAAAACGCGCCAGCUCAUUGCGGACGGUGGAGUGACUUUCGCCAACGCGUACGUGACGACGCCCCUGUGCUGCCCAAGCCGCUCGAGCAUCCUGACGGGUCGGUACGUGCACAACGUCGGCGUCUUCAACAACUCACUCUCCGGCGGAUGCAGCUCACAGCACUGGCAGCGCGGACCCGAGCGGAGCGCGUUCGCAGUGGACCUACAGCGGGCCGGAUACGAGACCUUCUAUGCGGGGAAAUAUCUCAACAGGUACGGUCACAAGAAGGCUGGCGGCGUGCAACAUGUGCCGCCGGGAUGGACUAACUGGAACGGCCUGGUGGGAAACUCCGUCUACUACAACUACACGCUGUCCAUUAACGGCACCGCAGAAAAGCAUGGCGACAGCCCGGACAAGGACUACCUCACCGAUGUAUUGAGAGCCAAGGCAUUGUCAUUCCUAGAGGGAAGAACAGACCAGCGGCGUCCCUUCUUCAUGAUGUUGAGCACGCCUGCGCCGCAUGCACCAUUCACGCCUGCAGUCCGCCACAGGGACGCGUUCCCCAACGUGAAGGCGCCCAGGACACCAGCCUUCAACAUCAGCGUCAACGGGACGAAGCACUGGCUAGUGCGACAGGCCAUCUACCCUAUACCGGAAGAUGUGGUUUCCUGGAUUGACGAAGCCUACAGGAACAGAUUACGCACGCUCCUGUCUGUGGACGACAUGGUAGCGGACGUGCUGAGCCACCUGAUGUCGAAGGAGCUGUUGAAUAACACUUACGUAUUCUUCUCGUCCGACAAUGGCUAUCAUCUCGGUCAGUUCUCGAUGCCGAAGGACAAGCGGCACCCGUACGAGACGGACAUUCACGUGCCCCUGCUGGUUAGGGGACCCGGCAUCGCCGCCGGGAGGGUGGAGCAGGGCGUGGCACUAAAUGUGGACCUGGCGCCCACUUUCCUGGAUCUGGCUGGCCUUCCGCCGCACGGGGACAUGGACGGCGCCUCGCUCAAGCCUCUGCUGCUCGGCGGUGCGUCCCGCGACAGCUGGCCGAGGCAAACCUUCCUGGUCGAAUACGCAGGCGAGGGACAAGAGGGCCCGUACCACGGGGAGUGCCCCGUACUCCAAGGCGUAUCGGGCUGCGACCCGGAGGUGGAAUGCGAAUGUCAAGACUCCGUAAACAACACGUACCUCUGCACGAGGCACAUUUCUGCGGAAGCCAACACCAAAUUCUGCACGUUUGACGAUGACGAGGGUUUCGUGGAAAGCUACAACUUGACCGCAGAUCCCCACGAGCUUGAGAACUUGUUCUUCUCCGGCGGCGACGCACUCCGUGGCUACGACGGGCGAGCGUGUCUCGGCGAGCUCCGAUUUUGUCGCCGGGAGUCUUGCUACGUGGACUGCUGGAAGUCGUCGCGAUAGUGCGACGCGUUUCCGACGUCAGUCCAUUGACACGUACGAGCCCAUCCAGCACAACGUGCACAAUCGCAGCAAGCUCACGCGCAUUGUCGCUAACCGGGAACUCUGUGAACUGCGUAACCUAACUGUGUCUGUUCGUGCUGAGGGAUUUCUAUGAACGUAGACAUAUAAUCUGGGGUUUACCUGCUUUGAACCCAUGCACUUCGUAA